AUGUCUGGAGAUCGCCGCGCCACUAGAGCUAAUCCUGCCUCUAGGUACCAUCUUACAUAUCACACGCCUCCUCAGAUCAUUUGGGGCUCCAUUGUCGGAGCAUGCGUAGGCAUGAGCCACUACCUUGUGACCGAGUUCUGGCCGGCACGUUCCCCGAAUAGCCCAGUUGGAAAACUGCGUUCGGCUAUCCUCGAUUCUCCGAUCUCUCAAUGGGCUCGGAUUCGGGACGGUUGGCUUAUUUGGAGCGACGGGGGCAAAGAGAACGAAUAUACACGCUGGAAGGCUGCUUGGGACGCUCGGACCCAAUUUUCAGGUCAGAGUGUGCCUGAAAGAAAGGGGGCAAAACAGCUAUAG